CCUUCUGCGGUCUCACUCUGUUUUUGCUCUGCAACCUCCAACACUCGACUUCUGCAAGAAAUAGGGGCAGGACCGGUGGUGCAAUCGUAGCUUUGUGCCCAUCCAUCUGAAAGAAAAGGUAUACUGGCAGUUUUGAACAUUGAAUGUCGAUGGUUGCUUAAAAUGCAAUGAGGAGGUGAACAAAUGGAGAUUUUUUGGGUCGUGGAUUUUUGAAUGAGCUCUGGACCUUAAAGGAACGGAUAGGAAGAGGAAUGGGGAGAAGAGACGGGUGAUUUCUCUCAUGCUCUAAUUUCAGUUUUCUUAUGGAGUGAAAAAGAGAUGAAGAUUGUGACAUACAACGUGAACGGCCUAAGGCCGCGCAUCUCUCAAUACGGCUCUCUUCUCAAACUACUCAACUCACUUGAAGCUGACAUUAUCUGCUUUCAGGAGACAAAAGUAGCUAGACAGGACAUGACAACAGAUUUGAUUACGGCUGAGGGAUAUGAAUCAUUCUUUUCUUGCACCCGUACUUCUGACAAGGGACGCGUAGGCUACUCCGGUGUUGCAACAUUUUGCCGUGUAAAUUCAGCAUUUUCGAGCAAUGAAGUCGCUUUACCACUUUCAGCAGAAGAAGGUUUCACUGGUCUUCUUGAAAAUUUUCAAAGAGGGAUCGGCAUUAAAGAGGAUGAAAUGCCUGCAAAAGUGGAGAGCCUACAAGGGAUGACAAAAGGGGACCUUCUGAAACUUGACAGUGAGGGACGUUGUAUCAUAACAGAUCAUGGCCAUUUUAUUCUUUUCAAUAUAUAUGGCCCUCGUGCUCAGUGUGAUGAUGCAGAAAGACUUCAGUUUAAGCGCACAUUUUUCAAUAUGUUACAGAAAAGAUGGGAGUCUCUCUUAACACAGGGAAAAAGGAUCUUUGUUGUUGGGGAUCUUAACAUUGCUCCUGAACCAAUAGAUCGCUGUAACGCAGGCCCAGAUUUUGCGCAAAACGAGUUUCGGAGAUGGCUUAGAUCUAUGCUAGUGGAACAAGGAGGCCCUUUUUUUGAUGUUUUCAGAGUUAAGCAUCCUGAGCGAAAAGAAGCAUACACGUGCUGGUCGCAGUGUACUGGAGCUGAAGAAUUUAAUUACGGGUCUAGGAUUGACCAUAUCCUCAUUGCUGGAUCGUGCUUGCAUCAAGAUCACAGUUUGGAAAGCCAUAACUUAAUCGAUUGCCAUGUUAAUGAAUGUGACAUAAUGACCCAGUUUAAGCGUUGGAAGUCUGAGAAUAUGCCCAGGUGGAAAGGAGGGAGAAACACGAAAUUGGAAGGUUCUGAUCAUGCUCCUGUUUACAUCAGUUUUAGGGAAAUACCCAAUCUUCUGGAGCACAACACUCCAUCUUUAUCUGCUAGAUAUGUUCCCGGGGUCCAUGGGUUCCAGCAAACUAUUGUCUCAUUGCUCAUGAAAAGACAAAUAUCUGCUGAACUCAAGAAGGAUGGAACAUCACAAUUAUUCUCAGAUGAAAACAUUAUAGUGGAAAGUUGCUCUGCAAGUGCAAAAAGAUCAUUAGAUUCAGAGGAAAAAUUUUCUGACUUCAACCCUCAAUGUGAAGGUUCCAACCCAAGCAUGAAGAAACAGUUGAGUGGUUUUGCUAAUGAGGGUUCAGAGAAUAGUAUGUUUUUGUUGAGAAACAAAACUACAUCUGGCCAGCGUCUAGAUUCCAAGAAAAAAGUGAGACAUAGUGGUUGUUCUCAACGCACUUUAAGUUCUUUUUUCCAGAAACAGUCUUCCCAUGGUGCUGAUGUUGUUACCGAAAGCACUGACACUUCGCUUAGUCAAGUUGAUGUCUCAGAAAGGAAGACUAAUUCUCCUUGUUUAACCAAAGUGACAAAUUUACCCAGAGAAUCUCAGGAGGUCAAAGAGUCAGAUUCCCCCAAAAAAAUUCAGGAGAUCAAGGAGACGGAUUCUCCCAAAGAAACUCCGGAGGUCAAAGAGACAGAUUCCCCCACAGGAACUCAGGAGGGUGAUGAAAGCAAUGGUUGCAAGAUGUUUGAGGUCAGCAUGAUUCCGUUCACACAAUCUCAAGGUGAUGAAAAUGCCUCUGGUUCUUCCGAAAAAGAGAAAAAUGAUGCUGCUUUGUUGGAGUGGCGAAGAAUUCAACAGUUCAUGCAGAACAGCGUACCUCUGUGCAAGGGCCAUAAGGAACCAUGUGUUGCUCGGGUAGUGAAGAAAGCAGGUCCAAACUUGGGUCGUAGGUUUUAUGUCUGUGCUCGGGCUGAGGGACCUCCAUCAAAUCUAGAAGCGCGCUGUGAUUAUUUCAAGUGGGCCAAUUCAAAAUCUGGGAAGAAAUGAAGAGAUAUUGCUAUUGAUGAAGAUCAUCUAACAUUCUCCGUGCGAUACAUUUAGUACAGGCAUUCAUGGAGCUAUUU